AUGGUCAAUCGGGGUGUCUCGCACGGCUGCAAUACUUGCAAAAAACGACGAGUCAAAUGCGACGAGUCCAAACCUACGUGCAACGAAUGCAUCCGCGUUGGACGGCAAUGUGCGGGUUAUGGGAAGCCCCAAGUUCGAGUGAGGUUCCGGGACCUCACUUCGCAAUACUUGAAGACACCGUCCGAUCAGACGACAACCGCCAAAAAUAACAACCAUGAGAAGCAGAGAAAACAUUCGUGUGUUCAGCGGUCCCCUCGUCGCCCACUGCACCUUCUCGCGAUACCUGAAAGUCUACUUCCGAAACAGCUGGACAUUGCUGUUGCAUUCUACCUCAGAUACAUCACCGAUGUCGGUCGCAAUCUGCAGUCGACGCGCGGUUUCCUAGAGUUUGUUCGUCCCGUUCUGGCUUCCGAGUCCCACGGGUCAGCUUUGAGCACUGCGGUCAAUGCCGCUGCAACCGAACUAUGGGCAUUGCUGAGACCUUCCGAUGUUACUGGCUCCCAGCCCAUUCAGCUGCACCAAAAAGCUUUAGUGAGAUUAAAGCAAGCUAUCUCUACACCAGAGGAAAGAAGGAGCGAUGCUGUAGUUCUUGCAACGCUAGUACUACAACAUCUGGACGGCCUGAUCGCUGUGUUCAACCGUCAAGAGCCCCGAAGCACGCAUCGUGAAGGGGCAUUAGCGUUGCUCACGCAGAAGGGUCGCGACACAAAAAGCCCAAAGUAUUAUCCGCAUUUGCUAGGAAAUCUCCUCCACUCGAAGAUUUCCUUUUGCGUCAGGAAUAAGAUACCGUUGGCUGUUGGUGAACUGAUGUGGCUUCAGACUGAAGUUAUUCCUACCCUACCUGAUAACCCGAGCUCUCAGCUCGAUGUCAUUGGCAUAUCGGUUUCAAGGCUUCAAAAUACGUUCUGCCAGCUUGAAUCACAAGGAAGUAUGGCAGUGGCUGCAUCAGGAGCUUUAAUAGCUACCAUACAAAAUGUCGACGCCCAGCUCCGGGGAUGGCUGCACCAUGUGCCGGAUGUAUGGCGCCCCAGACGAAUUCCAGGCGAGACCCCCGUUCUUUUAUCCAUUUUUACCUACCAUGACUCUUGCGAUAUAUACCCAAGUGUUCAGGUUGCAAAUAUAUGGAAUACGUGGCGGACGUAUCGUCUCAUUGUAGAGUCCAUCAGAACGAAAAUCACUCGUGCGCUUCGGGUCGUUUUCGAGGAAGGAGACUUCGCCAUGCCCACAGACGAGCUGUUGAGUGACGAGGGCGAAACGCAUCGAGAGACCCCGAACCUGAUUGAAUCCAUAUGUCGAAGUAUACCUUUCUAUCUUGGGAGCUUCACUCGACCAUUGACGUACUCCGAUAUCCAUGUCCCUCUAUUAGUUUUUCCUAGUUAUCAUGACCUACGGCCCGAUGACCCCGCAUUCACCAUUUACAAGAACAGCGAUGACUACGCUUCUAAGGAGGAUCAUUGCCGGCACACUGCUCUUCACGGCCCUCUACACGCCUUGACUAUUUUGUCCAGUCUCAUGGACCUGCUCUCUGAGCAGCCAUGCCCCAAGACCGCACACAGUCUGAUAAACCGGCAGAAGCAGUGGGUUAAAGAGCAGCUUAAUCGCUGUCUUUAUCUGACUCGUCUCGAUUUGCGCAUCGCUGAGCGUAUAAAAACAUCCAACCAUCUUGCAUCCCCAGGCCAAGCAUCAGCACCUGAGGAGUUUGCUCAAGCAGUGCGCCGAGCACUGACACCUGUCACCAUAUUGUGA